UAAGCAAUAUCAAUCCAUAAUCGACACGUAUAUAUAAGUAUAAAAUCGUAUAAAAGAUUCGCACACUCACAAUUUUCGUGCAACUGAUUACAUGCAAAGUCUCAACACCGGAAGAUUACUGCAACGCGUUAUAAAAGACAAACGCAGGAUGGGGAUUCCGAGGAGUUCUCUGUGCCUGGUGAUCCUGAGCGUUCUAUCAUUGGCAGUUUGCGAGAAACAGUUGCUACCAGAGCUAUCAUUCGUCUUGUCAGGCUACAGCUUGGACUGGCCGUGUCAAAGCACGAGGAAUAUCUACGAGACGAGCGGACGUUACAUUCCCAAGAAUGUCAUUGCCACCCGGACGCAAAUUUACAAGGACGACGCCAUCAUAGCGAUGCCACGCUACAAACCCGGUGUGCCGUUCACCUUAGGUGUCAUGUCGUUGAAGACGAAGGACUGCACACCGAAAGUGACACCAUUUCCCUGUUGGGCAAUUCAGGAGGAAGGCAACUGCCAAGCUCUCCAGAGUGUAGUGGACAUAACUUUGGACAUUCAGGAUAUUCUUUGGGUGUUAGACGUUGGUGUCGUAAAUACUUUGGAGCAGCCGGUGCGCAGAUGUCCUCCAAAAGUCGUCGGUAUUAACGUAAAGACCGGAAAGGUUGUGAAGGUGAUUGACUUGAGUUUCUUGGUGAAUCCAUUGUCUCGUUUGCAAUAUCUCGUGGUCGAUUACGCAGACGACGGUCAAGUAUACGUGUAUAUAAGCGAUGCGGCUGCCAGAUCCAUCAUCGUUUACAAUGUCACUGCAAAUAGAGGAUACCGAGUGAUCCUUCCGAACGCUGUUACUGCCGGCGUUCAGCGAAGAGACGUUCUCUACAUGACGUUAGUGAAGAAGAGUUGCGGCACGCCAAUAUUGUAUUUCACCUAUCUGGGAUCCAACAGGUUGUUCGCUAUCAAGGCUAUACAUCUCAGGAGAGGUCAAACCCAUGGAACGGUUAUGGAUGUCGGACCAAAGCAACAUAAAAUCGUCAUUCUCGGUAACGAUAAUGGCUGUGCCAUUUUCUUCAGGAACAAGGGUGAAUCCGACGUCUACAUGUGGAAUGUGGAGACACCCUUCAGAUCUGAAAAUUUCCUCCUGGUACAGCAGGGUAAUGAUUGCCGACUGCCGACUCAAGUGAUUCCGGGUCCUAAAAGACUCAUGUGGGCAAUCGAGAGCAACUUCCAAGAUUACAUACAGAACACCGUGAGUUGCUCGGGUGCUUCCGUGGCCAUACAUCCUCUGGUCAAAGGCUGCGAGGAAUAAAAAUUAAUCCUCGAUAAAGAUUUCUUCUUGUUCUUUUUCUUUAGUACGAUUUCGUGUGUGACUAUAUUCAUUAUGUAAUUCAACAAUUCCUGUAAAUAGAAACUGAGAUAGGUAAUUUUAAGAAGCUCAGAUUUUGAUGCGACGGGUACAAUGAAAGUAAUAUCUACGUUCCUUUGCGACGAUAGAGAUACGAUAAUUAGCGUGAGGUAUAUUUUUCUAUAUUUACAGCAUCAAAAACUGAACUAUGAUAUUAUAUUAUAUUAUAUUAUUUACUCUAUUUCUGCAACUAUUAUAUUAUAGUUUUAUUGAAAUGGAUAAGAAAGAUGACAAUCUCUUAUCGUGAUAUACGACGUUCCUUUUAAUAUUAUGAUAUAAUGAUGCUACAAUCCCAAAAUAUUCAAACAUCAUUUAAAUUUAAAAACGUAGAAAGUAAAUUAAGUUCUUAAUCUAGUCAUUGAUAGCAUUUUGUUUUUCGUUCUAUUUUAAAUAGCAAGUGGAAUUUGCGGGUGUUAUCUUAAUUGUAACAUGAAUAAACACUUCUUUCAGCUGCUUUAUAGCUAAUUAACGAACAGUUAAUGUGUGUGUACUGCAUUCAUAAUUAGUCUAGUUAUAUUGGCAAAGUAUUUAUACGAAGCUCAUGUUAUCGCUUCCGACAGAUUGACCAGUGUCAAAAUUAUAUCGUCGAUAUUCAAACCGACAACGGCAAAUAACUGCCAAUUUUUAACUUUUGAAAUUUAUAUUAUUUGUAAAAAUUAUAUUCACUUGCUUAAUGGAUGAUACCCUCAAACAAUUUCUCUCAAAAAAGCGAUUUAGCAGUAGUAGUAAUAUAUGCACAGUUGAUUGUAAUAUCUCAUAAUGGUUAUUAUGUAAGUUGAUUUAAACGAUUAAUAAAUGCCAGCUUAUGUAAAUG